GGUAGGCGGGGCGGAGGGCGGGAGGCAGGAAGUGGAUUGUCGUCACCCGGAAGAGGAGUCCUUCCCUGGCGGUAGUGUUGAUGUUUUUUUUUAGCUGCUGCUGCUUCUGCGGCUAAGGGAAACGUCGGGGAAGGAUGGUGUGCGAAAAGUGUGAGAAGAAACUUGGUACCGUUAUCACUCCAGAUACAUGGAAAGACGGUGCAAGGAAUACCACAGAAAGCGGUGGAAGAAAACUGAAUGAAAAUAAAGCUUUGACUUCCAAAAAAGCAAGAUUUGAUCCAUAUGGAAAGAAUAAGUUCUCCACUUGCAGAAUUUGUAAAAGUUCUGUGCACCAACCAGGUUCUCAUUACUGCCAGGGCUGUGCCUACAAAAAGGGUAUAUGUGCCAUGUGUGGAAAAAAGGUUUUGGAUACCAAAAACUACAAGCAAACCUCUGUCUAGUUGUAUGGAUGAAGUUUCUGACUUUCUGUAUGAUUUACUUUCUGCUUUGAACUUUUCAAGAAUAACAGAUGUUAAAGUUAUAAAAUAACAUACUUUAAGACAGUUAAGUUUAAACCAAGGAAGUUGAUUGAUAUUUAUUCUUUUUUGCUCUCAUCAAGUUCUGAAUCAUAUAUAACCAGUAGAACUAGUCUUUUGCUUUAACUUGUUAUUUUCCUUAGAAGCAUUUUAUAGGCUGAAAGACAUGGCAAAUUUAAUGAAAAAAUUUUUUCUCAGUUCUGUGUAUGCUUUUUAAUUAAUAUUACUCAUGUAAUUCUUAUCCCCUACCUCUAUUUAAAGAUAGUACAGAAGUGAGGUUAUUGAUACUUUACUCAGAACCUGGCAUCCAGAUUUCAAUUCUCCCUUAUUCCCUUGUUGAUUAUGUUGUUCUUAGAAUCACCUCUUCACUAUUACUUGCAGUUUCCAGGGUAUUUAAAUAUCUGAGGCUCUUUUUCUUUAUGGUUCUUUAGUAAUUAGCCCAAAUUAAACACAUGUUGUAUUUGUAUUUUAUGAUUUUUAAAUUUGUUCUUGAAGCUGAAGUGCAAAUACUUUUCUUACUGCUAUUCACAAUAAGAACACAAGGGACACCCCACAUAUCCACAUAUGUCCAAAUGAAUACACUGGACUUCAAAAAAAAACACUAUACACAUUACCUUAAAUUCAAACUGUCGUGAAAAUCAGAGAAACAGUGUUCAUCUGUGAUGCAUUGUCCCUCUUUGAAGCAAAAACUGAGCUUUUUUAUUUACCCCCUCCUGUCCCUUUCUCUAUCCCAAAAGAAAUAAAUAGAACAAAAGCAAACAUUUUGACUCAUUUAUAAAACAUAUAUAUAUAUAUAUAUAUAUACACACACACACACACACACAUAUAUAUGUCUCUGCUAAGAGGGUUCAAACAAAAAUUUUGCUUAUGUUUUGUUUAUGCUUAUGCUGCUUUCAGAGACUCAGGACUUCUGCUUUUGAAAUCUGCAGCCUACUAGGGAAGACCAAAUAUGUACCUAUAUUGUCAAGUACAGUAUGUAUAAAUACGUAUCACUAUAAAAUGUGUAGAAUAGAUACAUGAUAUAUUGUGUUUUAUAUUCAUUUAAAAAUUACUAUGGAAAGUAGUGUUUUACCUAUUUUAUUUGUAACAUUUUGUUAAGUGUUUUUCUAAGAUAUGUUGUUAUUCAAGAAAGAUCGCAGAGAUAAUGCAAAAUAUAAGAAAUAGAAAUAGUCCUGAGGUUAGGAAGUACCUUCUCAGGCUUUAAUGAAAUUGGGACUUUUUAAUUAAAAUCAGUAGCUCUUGUUAGAGCAUGGCCCAGAUUCAUUAAUAGUUGGUUGGUACAACUUUUGGUACUACAUUUCUUAGGUAUCAAACUCAUAUUUCAUGUUCAUACCUUGGAUAGCCUCCUUCCAGAAAUGAUCCUGUGUCCAGACUCAAGUUCUGCUAUAAAGUUUUUGUUAGUAUUCAAUCACAGAACAGAAUAUGCAGAAUAUCUUCAAAGUUUAUUGGUUAUUAAGGUUAUUGUUGAAAUACUAAUAUGCCUGCCAUAAAUUGAAGUUAAUAGAUAAGAAGGAAAGUCUUAAAACAUGAAUAUAAUUAUUUAAAAAAAAAGGCAUAAAAACAGAAACCGUAAUUUUAGGAUGACAAAAUUAAGGCCAAAUACAGAUUUUGUCAAAGUAAACAUAAAAGUGAUGAAAGGACAUAUGUUUCAAAAAUCAGACUAUAUUUAUAUAUGAAACUAAUAUUAGUAGAAUACAUUGUGUAUAUUCAUUUGUUAGGAUAUGUAGCUAUCAAAAUGAUAUAAGUAUGAAAUAUAUGUGCAAAAGUUUAAACAUACAGAAAACAUCUGAAAGCUACUAGAACUGUUUUUUUCCCUGGGGAUUGGAACUGAAAAUUGAAAAAAGAGACUUAACCCUUACAGCUUUAGUGCCAACAACCUAAUAUUUCUUAACUCCUGCUUCCCUACCCUGGGGAAAUAGAUGAAUAUCUUUUGUACCCUAGAAAUACAUGUGUCUGCAAAUAUAUCUAUAAAUGUGUUUUGAGGAUUUAAGUAGAAGUAUACAUUGUUGUAUGCUGUCCUUUUUUAAUGUUUCUCAUUUGCUUUACCAUUUUCUAUCUCUUAUAAUAUAUUUUUUCCUUGAUAUACCUUUUAUCCCUUCAUUAAAAUGUAGUCAGGAGAUAAGCAUAAUAAGCAUUAUCAAAUUCAAAAACUUAUAUUGAUGUGGCUACUUUAAUCUGUAUUCCCUAUUUCAGUUUCUUUUCCCCUCUUUUUAUUAUUUUUGAAGUAAUACUGGAUUAUAACAUUAUAUAGUGUUCAUCAUUAUAAAUCACCUCUCUGUAUAUAUAAUACAUUAUAUUCACCACUCCUGCUCUAAUUUCAUCAGUUCCAUUGAUAAUUUUUUCAGCUACAGGAUCUAAUGUAUGACUCUUUAAUUAGGAAAAGUCCUUUAAUCUUUGUCAUUUAUAAUAGUAGUAUAUCUGAACAAUACAGGGAUACAGGCAUUCUACAGUUAAAAUAUAGAAUACCCCUAACUCAGGGUUGUUCAAGUGUGUCCUUGUAGUUAAAUUGGAGCUUAAAUACUGUGAGUGAUGUGUCCUUCCAUUGUCACAUCCAGACUCACGAAAUGUCCCUUUGCCCACUUGUAGGAGUGGUAAUUUUAACCACUUGGAUUAAGAUGUCAUCCAGUUUUUCCGCUGUAAAGUGACCAUUUUUUCUUUCGCUAUUAGUGGAUAAUUUGUGAGGAGGAACUUUGAGUACAUGUUGAUCUUGUAUUCCUCAUCAAACCUGCCCCUCCUAGAUUUAGCAUCAUUUGAUGAUUAUUGUCUGAAUAAAUUUUCACUAAGCUAUUUAUAAAUU